UUGCAGCCUCCUCGCCCCUGUGCCCGGUCGGCCGCUCCGGCGCUCGGGUUUGGUGCUGCCCAGCCCGGGCUGUACGUGGUGAAACGCGUCCCCGGGAGCGAUCCCGGGGGCCCUCCCGAGCAGCUGGGGAAGGUGAGGUGGGAGCGAGGCAUUGAGAGGUCUGUCAGUGCAGGAGGAAGGUGGUUAUGGGUGACAGUGUCCCUGUGGCAGGCGGCUCCGUGUGACAGCCAGGAGCGGUGUGAUGAGCUAUGAGUGACUGAAGACGAACAGGUCAGCAAAAUGAAGCCGUAUUUCCCUGCCAGUCGCAGGUCCAGCUAAAGGAAUUAUGGCAGACUCGUGAUUUUUAAAUUUUUACUCAUCGCUGUCUGCUUGUGACUGGAUUUGGAAUUUCAGCUCAGACAUAUUGGCAUCACCCUGUAAAGUUAAAACUAGAUUAAGCCAGCCUCAAUACCCAUACAGUGCCAGCAUAAGAGUCUGCAAUUUUCUUACCUGCUCAUCCAGUCUGUGUACUACAGCCAUUUCUUACGUUCCUGAGUGCUGCUGUUCGUGAAUUGCUCAAAACAUUCCCCUGGGCAGAGGUGUUGAUUCCUGCUACAUUAUGUCAGGAGAGAGCGACUGCACCAGGACAAGUCCGUCAGCAGGGUCUCCAUCGGACAAUGAGCUCCUGCCAGACCGACCAAAGUAUGUUUGUACCCUGUCUCCUGAGCUUGUUACCAAAGCCCGGGAGGAGCUCCAGGAGAAGCCUGAAUGGAGGCUUCGUGACGUGCAGGCACUCCGAGAUAUGGUGUGCAAGGACUAUCCUUCCCUAGGGACGUGCCUGGACGAUGCUUUUUUGCUAAGGUUCCUCCGAGCCAGGAAGUUUGAUUACGAUCGAGCCCUUCAGCUCCUGGUGAACUACCACACCUGCAGGAGGACCUGGCCAGAGGUGUUCAGUAACCUGAAGCCAUCUGCAAUAAAGCCUGUCCUGGAGUCAGGCUUUGUCACUGUGCUGCCUCACCGCGACCCGCAGGGACGCCACGUCGUCUGCAUCCGCCCAGACAGAUGGACACCCAGUAAUUAUCCGAUUACCGAGAACAUUCGUGCCAUAUACUUAACCUUAGAAAAACUCAUUCAGUCCGAAGAGACCCAGGUGAAUGGAAUUGUAAUCCUGGCAGACUACAAAGGAGUCAGCUUAUCUAAGGCGUCUCAUUUUGGUCCUUUUGUAGCCAAAAAAGUGAUUGGAAUUCUUCAGGAUGGAUUCCCCAUUCGAAUAAAGGCUGUUAACAUAAUUAAUGAGCCUCGUAUAUUCAAAGGCAUUUUUGCAAUCAUCAAGCCUUUUCUGAAGGAAAAGAUUGCAAACAGGUUUUUUCUUCAUGGCUGUGAUCUGAAUUCCCUUCACCACAACAUUCCUCCAGUGAUCCUUCCUGAAGAGUAUGGUGGUACUGCAGGCAAGCUGGACAUCUCUGCCUGGAACGAGCUGCUGCUGGCCUCUGAAGAGGACUUCGUGCAUGAUUUCUCAGAGCUGGUGCUCCCGUGUGACAGCUCUCCCCAUGACCUGCUAGUGAGUGGGGAUGCUGAUGAAAAGCAGUGUGAUGAUUCCCUGCGAGGGAUGAAACCUCAGCUCUAUUACUGUUACUAACAACCCACUGGAAGGAAGUUUUCCAGCACAGUUAAGAUCUGCUCUGCUAGGUGAUGUUGGGAACUCUGCCUUACUCCUAAACCUGCAGUUUAGGGACAGACUGCUGAGGCACUUUACACUGUAGAACCAAAGGAAGCUGGAGAGGGCACAGUGGAGGCAGGGCAGAGUUCGGGAAGGGUAAAAGCAAAGAGCACAAGUUAUGUAGAAGACUUGAGGCUCAUCAACUCCUGUGUGAAUGGUGCAAACUAGCCUAUUCUUUCUAAUGAUAAAGGGAAAAAUUAUUGCAGAUAGGUAAGCUUGACAAUUUCUUGUCGCCACCCCACGCAGGUGAAAAGUGAGGAUGAUUUUUGAGCUUUGUGAUUAUCUGGUCCCUUCCCCUUCUGCAAACACUAGUAAUCCAAGACAAGAAAAUGGCUUUUGAACUCUGCAAAAUACAAUUCUGUAGUGAAGAUUGCUUAAAACAGUAAAAGUCUAACUUGGCCUAUCGUCUGUCACGUGGUUCAGAUUAUGAGUUGGUGUUUCUGAAAUCUCAGUGAAUAUUUGUUUCAGAUUAAUACAGAACAAAAUUUACACAUGAAUGCUUGUAUGGAGAUAAUCUCUUGAACUUCCUCACAGCUGGAAGAACUGUGACUGAUGAAUUAACUACCAUUAACAUCCAUACCAUGGUUUAGACAGCAGAUGCAAUCUUCAUUUUCAGAAAACAGCAAAGUUUUCAGAUCAUUUACUAAUAAUUUAUUUUGAUUGGACAACAGCUUCAAAUAAUGAGGUUCAGGACCAAAUAAAAGCAAGCUGUGUCAGCCACCACCUUCCCCCCAUUGAUAGUUCUUUUCUGGUUGAGAUAAGGAAUUGGGUAAGUACCUCAUACCCAGGUGAGGUGUGAGGUUUUGUAGCUAUUGGCAUGUGAUGUAUAGAAGGCAAUACUUCAUGUAAGACAGCAAGGUGCUGCUUUAGCUUGUUACUUCGGGCUGAAUUUGAGUUCAAAGUCUGUGAAACCAAAUGCAGACAGACUUUUUAAAAGCACAUUCUUAAAUUUCCUGAUAUUGUAGCAUUCUGUUCACUGUGCUUGUCAGCUCUUCUGUGAAAUGUUACAACUUGGUUUUUAACUUUGUUGACCUCUUUUGUCUUUAGUUGUCAUGUUCUUGUAUGAAGUCAGACUUGAAUCAUUGCUGUGAUAUUUACCCAUACCUUGUAUGCCUGUGCUUCUAGGUCUUUGUUUAGAGACAGAACUAACAUUGAUGUCAAACCAGGGUAAGAUACCUGUGUCUGAAUAAGCUGUUCCCACUCCCUAGGUUCAUCUUGUUUAAUGGUCUUGAAUUAGAACUUAACUCUCAGCACACUCUUUGCACACAUUUUUCUGCACUAUAAGGGUGUGGAGAUGGGACACCUCACUAGGAUGAGGAAAGCACAGUCUGUUACUUCAAGGUGAAAUAAUUCACUAUUUGGUGGAAAAGAACGUCCCUUCUAAUUGGGAACUUAUCACUAGAGCACUUUCUCUGGAUGAAAUACUGAUUUAGUGCCAAAUGUGAUUACAGGCACCAGUUAUGUUUCUGUAAAUAUAAAACUAAAUUAUCUUGAGGAUCUCAGACAUUCAUUUUUCAAAGUGCCAAACUCUGUUUUGAAUGUUGUUCUUCCUCUCAGCCCCCUGGCAGCGUGACUGCACUGCCAAAAGGAGACUCCUCUACAACUAACAACUUCCUGACCAGGCAGCAGGCCUCAUCCUGGAACUCAGGGGUGGCAAAUGCCAUACCUGUCAUCCAGACAUUAGAAAAAGAGACUGGGUUCUGAAAAGGGGUAAAACUAUGAAGCUUUUUUUUCUUUUCUGGGUGGUAGUUCAAAAUCUGUAGUAGCAGAAAACUUAUCACAUGAACAGUGAUAGACUGAAGGUCGAAAGACCUUCCUUUUCCUCAGUGAAAGCAUCUUGUUUUUACCUUAAAUUGUAACUCCUCUUUGAUAACUAUUACCUGUAGUCCAGGGAAAAAACAAACUACCAUUUUCAUCUACUUAAAAUAAGGUAAAAGAGUACUGCUAGGCAGCUCCUCCUUUUUGUCCAGAAUAUGCUCUGAGUUUUGCAGAAAUUAAUUCAGUUUUUUGAUACCUAGAAGCCAGUAGCAUGCAGCACCAGGACUUGGACAGAUAAGUGGCUCCCCACACUGCUGAACUGCUAGAACAGAGAGGGUGGUGCCUCUGUUGUUUUAGUGCCUCAUAAUUCCAGUCACAAUGUACAGCUGAAAAGAACAGAAAGGACCAUUUGAUAGUCUUUAAUUGUGUUACAGGGUUAGAAGUGGGGGUAUAUUGACUGUAGGAACUGCUACUUUCAUCCCUCUGUGUAACUACUAAAGAUGGAGGUUAGAUAUUCAAAAUUCAAUUUAGUGUCCUUCAAAAAGAAGUAAAUGCAGUGCUUUUCAGCAGAAGGCUGAGGAAGCUCUGCAAAACUCGCCCUUUUUCAGGCUUUUCUAUUUUCUUGCAUGCCUUAAAUAGUAGGCAGACAAGAUCCAGCUCACCCUCUUCUUUCCUCUGCUCACUAAGAAUAAAGAAUAUGACAUAAUAAAUGAGGUUAUAUGGUUUGGCUGGGGUAGAAUUUUCUUCUGAGGAGUCUGUGGCACUGAGUGAGCAGCCAUGCUGCUGGCUGGGGUUAAACCACAAUUGCCAGUACUGAAAAGUGCCAGUCUUGUGCCUCUAGAACUUCUUUUUCUUAAAGCUGGUUCCUGGGCAG